AUGGAGGGCGGCGGCGCGGUCCUCGGCGUCGCUCACUCCGAAGCCCCUAGCGGCGACGCCGCCGGCCCGGACCAGUCGCAGAUGCAGGUCGACGGCCCCGUCGCGCUCAACCGAUCCGCUGAGCUUGAGCCAACCUCCCGCGACGCUGACAGGGAGGCCCUCGUCGCUGGGUGCCGCCAGGAGCUCCAGGGCCUGUUCGAGUACUACAAGGAGGUCUCGGGCCACAGGAUGCAGCUGGAGGGCGGGAACCUGUCGAGCAACGCCAUGAUUGGGUGCCUCCUGGAGGAGAGCAACCUUGGCCUGACCAAGCUGGUGGACGAGGCGUUUGAGAAUCUCAAGGAGACCGAGGGUGUCUCGGUGGCUUCGGUCCGCAGCUCCGUGCUGCUCAUUGGGCAGAGGAUGAUGUAUGGCCAGUCCAGCCCGGAUGCUGAUGUAUCAGACCUGUCUCUUUGGUGCUGGGAGGUGAGAUAUCUGAAGUUAAUGCCUGUGAAAAUUCGUGGUUUCUUAAGUGGGCGAAGAGCUGCCAGAAAGAAGAUCCAUGAGAGGAUCAAUGCUAUCCACUUAUCUUUGUCAGUUCUGAAAUCUCCAGGAGCUGAAGCUCAAGUAAAUGAGCUUAGAAAAGUAUCAAUAAAGCUAAGCAAAGCAUUGAACUUGGAAGGGAUCAGAUCAAUGGUGGAAAGAUUGACACAAAAGAACAACAUUCCACAGGUUGCCAAAGAUGUAGAAUCAACAGCUAACCAGUCAAUGCAAGAGAUGAGAGAAACUGAGGGAACUGCUGGCAGAAUAGAGACUCUACAUGGUUCUGAGUUGCCAAAUGGAAAUGCCUCUAUGACUAGACCGGAGGGAGUACUUGAUAUGUGCUUCUUAUCAAAGAUGAUCAUGGUGCAAAGAUGAAUAUUUACAUAUGGUAUUAUUAGCUUCUAUAUCGUCCACCUUUUAUUUGUGUUUGUCUUGAGAUCAUAAUCCAGAUUUUACUAGACUGUUUAUGUUCUUUUCGAUUACUUGCAU